CAUAGCUCACACCUUCACACACUCUUCUGAGCUCUGCAGACAUGAGCAGUAACUUUGGCCACCCGUCUCAGCCAGUGUUCAUGGUGGAUUCUGGCAGAGGUCAACCUAGACAACAUCAGUACUACCACCAGCAGAUGCCCAGACACACAGAGCCACGACUGGUGCCCUGCUGGACGUUCCCCCCUGCACAAGCUGAGAUGAGGAAAAGGGACUCGGGGAGAAUGAAUGCUGGGAUGGCCUGGGUACUGACACUGUUACUCCUGCUGGUUUUUGCAGCCCUGGGAGUAGGAGCCUAUCAGAUCCUAAUGUUACAGACUGAAGUGCAACGGCUGUCACAGUGGCAGGAAAAGCCCGCACAAAUGCAGAGCAACGCUCCACUGAAACAAGUUGGCCUGAAUCCUGCUGAGCUGAACAGGAACACACAAAAAUCUGCUGCACACUUGAUAGGUCGUCCCGACCAGAGCACAUCAUCUGGAACUCUGAAGUGGGAAGCAAAACUCGGCGAGGCCUUCACAGAAGGCGUCAAGUACAUCAACGGCAGCCUUCAGGUCAACGAGACCGGUUUGUACUUUGUAUACUCCCGGGUGGAGAUUCUUUCACCGAAGUGCAACCCCAAAGACUAUUACACUCACAAAGUGGGUCUGAAGAGAAACAGCCGUGACCGGACAAUCAUGGAAGAUCACCGAGAGGGCUUAUGUGUGGUGGGGAGCAAUCAACCGUGGAUGACCGGCAGUCAGCUAGGCUCGCUUCAGCAUCUCAGGGAGUCCGACUGGCUGUUCGUCAGUGUCUCACACCCCCAUCUGCUCAGCAAAAAUUACCACAGCAACUAUUUUGGCCUCUUCAAGAUCCACUGAUCAUGGAGGAAAGUUAGGUGAUGCUUAGGAAGGGCAUGAUUGUGAGUUCAAAUGAAGAGCUCAGCAGUCACCUGACUACCCUGAGAUCCUCAGAGCUUCAUUGCAAUGCAGUCUGUCUGCUUGGCAUUGUCAAAUCACAUUUGACUUUGAAUGUAUCAGUUGCCUGUGGCUAUUCAGUUCUUUUGGAAAGUCUUGCAGAAGACUUUCAGAUUGAACGAACACUAAUAUGCUUCUGUAUCAGGAGAAAGUAGAUUAAAUACAAAUAUUUAUUUUCUUUAAAGUCUAAUUGUAAAUGAUCAAUGGUCAUAUUGACUAAGUAAUAUAUAAAUAAUGGUUAA